AUGGCUGUUCAAAUAAAAUUCCAAAAGAAAGUUUUCGGAAAUGCGAAAAGUUUUUCAGCUUUAUCUAAAUCAGAACAAGUUAUAUUUUUAAUGGCUCAAAGUUAUAAAUGGUGGAAUAAUAAAAAUCACUUAAUAAAUAAUGGACUUAUUUCAAGAAUUCAUGAGAAUUAUGCUGAAAUUCAUGGAUUACCAAGUCCUGGUAGAAAUGUCAACCGAAUUACCCAAUCACUUAUAUUUUUACCAGCUAUAAAUCAGUUCAUCGCGACUUUUUUGCAGACACAUCUAGCUAAGACAAAAUUAGCAGAAGAACAAAGAAAAUUGGUAGAUGAGAAUUAUCUUGUGAAGAGAGGUGAAACAGCUUUUAGAGCUCGAGAUUCUUUAUCAAACAAAAAGCAAUUAGAAUUAGUUGAAAGUCAGAAAGCUAUCGAACUUAACAUAUAG